GUCAAAGAGGGGAAUCCAGAGUAUAAUCUUGACGAACCAACUAUGGAGCAGAAACUUGAAAGUCUAAAUUUGCUCAACAAGUCUGAAUUCAUUGAAGAGCAACCAGUCUCUCUAGCACCGCCGAGUGCAGAUUCAGUCCAUAUUUUGCUGAAGCAAGCUUUACGCGCUGAUGAUCAUGUCGAAUUGCUGAAAUGCUUGUACAAUAGAGAUGAAAAGGUCAUUGUGAAGUCAAUAUCACUCCUAACACCAGCAGAUGCCCUGAAGCUUCUCAAGUUUUUCGUGUCGUCGAUACAAUCUAGGGGUGCAAAACUGGUUUGUUUGCUUCCGUGGCUACAAACUUUACUUAGCCGGCACAUGAGCAGCAUAGUGUCUCAGGAGUCUUCUUUGCUGUUGCUCAAUUCACUCUAUCAGCUUAUUGAUGCAAGAACAUCGACCUUCAAAUCAGCACUUCAACUCUCUACCACCCUAGAUUACCGUUUCAGUGAGAUUGCUGAUGAAGAAACUGACGAGGAAGAGGUGACUGCACCAAUCAUCUACGAGGACAAGGACACAGAUGACGAAGAAGAAUCUGAUGGUGAUGCUAUGGAAACCGAUGGGGAGAGUGAAGAGCUGGGCGAUGUAACUGAUGCCUUUGAGCAUUCUGAUGGAAGUGAGAUCAUGAGCGACUGACUGACUUGUACACUCUUCUAGUUCUGAGCGCUCAAUCGUCCUUAUAUG